AUUAACGAUUUUUCUUCAUAUUUUCAGGUAUUUUUAUUACGAUAGAUGUAGAAAAUGUUUCUUGCAAAGCGACAGUAAAAAUCAUUGGUGGGCAACCUGUUAGUAUUAGAUAUCGACCAUUCAUGCUUUCUUUGCACAGUUCUGAUGGAUUCAUAUGUGGAGCUAGUAUUUUGUCCAAAAAUUGGGGUAUCACUGCUCUUCAUUGUGUACUUUCAGAUAGAGAAACAAGUUAUUACGUGAGAGCUGGCUCGAACAAGCCUUACCAAGGGGGAUCGUUCCAUAAAUUAACAAAGAUAUACAUGUAUAACAAUACCAUAUUCCAAUAUUGGUUCUCGAGUAUACUGCACCACGAUAUAGCGUUGUUCGAGGUACGACCCCACUUUCAAUUCUCGAGCACUGUUCAAGCUGUUCGAUUGCCCACCGAAUUCAGCAAACCGCCCGAGCAACUGUAUGUUUGCGGUUGGGGUUAUACCUCUGUCCAAAACGGGAAGAUUAGCGAUGUUUUGACGGGGAUCUGGGUUCGCUACACACCGUACGAGGCGUGCAUAGAGGAAAGUCCAGAAUAUAGAAUGCUCGUUAAGAAGGAUUACCACCUUUGUUACGGAGCAAGUGGAAAGGAUUCUUGUUACGGGGAUUCCGGUGGUCCGCUGGCGAGUAAAAACAUCCUUUACGGUAUCGUCUCUUUCGGCAAAAGUUGCGCUGUCGUGUCAGGAGUGUACGUGAAAGUCUCUUACUACAGACGAUGGAUUAAGCAGAUCACAAACCUAUGA